AUGUUACCUAUUUGCACUUUCGCCUAUUUUAGGUCGACUACAAUCCUAUACAGUAAGAACGAUGGGGUGGGGGUCAAAAGAGAUGAUGUUAUUUUGGAUCAUCGUCUUGGAUUAUUAAAAGUUUUACCUCAUUAUAAUGACAAGACAUCAUCGUCGUCGUCGUCUAUCUGUCUAGUAUGUGAUUACUUGAUCAAGAAAAGAGUAUUACCAAAAUUAAAAUUUAAACAGCAAGCAAUUAGCAAACUACUCUACUCUACUAGUAGUGAUGAGAGAUAA